CGCCCAGAGCGCAGUCUGCUUGCGCGCGUUGUGGUCCACUCGGAAAACGUUUACAAAAACAAAAACAAAAAAAAAAAAAAAUUCAAAAAGUCACUAUUUUAAAAACGUAUAGACGGAGACUAUUUGAUUUCGUCGUUAUAAUUGUUUUCCUCGAAACGACUAACCUUUUCAAACGGUGCAAUUUGAAAAUCGUGUUAUAUUAUUAUUUACGCACUGGCACGACACCGGUUCUGCCAGGGGAUGAUCUCAACAGUCCGACUACUGUUAAUAAUUACUCCGCGAAAAGUUGGUGAUUUCAACAGUAUGCGACACUGAUAUCGAUUACGAGCACGUUUAACAAAUUAUAUAUUAGUAAAAUAAUAUUUGGUAACGCGUAACGAAAUGUUUACUGGUGAGUUCACCGAAUCGGCCGAUCCAUUCCGACUUCAUCAUCGGCUGCCUUACCACGGUAACCCGUGAUGGAUACGUGUCUCAUACCACGACGUCAGAAUCAUGUUACCGAGUCGUCGUUUGAACAAAACUGCUCGCACGUACUUUGCAAUCGUCGCCGCUGCCGUCGCUGCUUUAGUCGGUUUUCGAAUUCCGAGAUGCGACAGUUUAUCCAACAUGAGCAUAACGGUUCCUGUGGCCGUGGCUUCCGGUGAGUCAGCCAAGAUGACGUGCACUUACGAUCUAGAAUCCGAUCCACUGUACACGGUCAAAUGGUACAAAGGUCGGCAAGAGUUCUUCAGGUACGUGCCAAAAGAAUUGCCACACACCAGAGUGUUUCCGUGGCCCGGCAUAAACGUAGACGUUAGCCAAUCAGGACCUAAUCAAGUGGUAUUACGAGAUGUUAGAAGACACUUGUCAGGAAAAUACCGAUGUGAGGUGUCAGCAGACGCACCAUCAUUUCACACCAAAAUCGUAUCCUCUUGGAUGCACGUCGUCUACCCACCUGUCGGACAACCCGUGCUGUCACUGGAGAAACGACACUAUACAAUCGGAGACACGUUGAAAGGCAACUGCACGUCACCGCCGUCCAGUCCACCGUCCAACGUUACUUGGUACUUAAACGAUAAAUGGAUGAACUCGAGUUACGGCAGGUCGUCGUCGGGCCGAGCGACACUGGACGACGCGUCGCGAUCGACAAACACCGUGGGACUCGAGCUGGAGGUGAACAGUUUCAAAGUGGGCAAGAUGCGAAUCCGGUGCGUGGCCGAGCUGUACGGCGUGUUCAAAACGUCGUCCGAGACGGUAUUGGACGAGGAAAAACCGCGUCUGGCUUCGAUUCUGGGCACGUUUUCGUCUACAGGUGCAUCACACACGUCUUCUUUUUCGUUAUUGAUUGUGAUAUUGGUCAGCGUAUGGAUAAGAUAACCAUAUAAAAAUCCAACGCCCAAAUAUCAAAUAAACGACCGCAUUAGUGAUUUCGUUGAUUUUCGUUUCAUGUAAAUUUAUAACAUUUUAAGACGCGUUAUUUUUGAAUCCAAAAACUAUCUUCGUAUAAAUAUUAAUGUAUUAUGUUGUAUAUAUAUAGAAUGAUUUUAGAGAAAAAAACCAUAGAGUAUUUUAUUGGUUAUUAUAAAGUUAUGUUUUGACUUUAUUAAUAUUAUUACAUUGUAUAAUAUAUAUAUUCUACUAAAAAUGUAAACUAAAUAAAAAUUACUAAUAAUACCUAUUAUCUAUUUGACUUUUCAAUAAACAUUUACCAAAAAUUACUUAGUUAAGUGAAGAAAAUUCGAAGAAGAUAUCAAUGUUGUCUGUUAUUAUUUAAUGUUUGUAUUGAAUAAACCAUUGGUUCAUGAAUAAUCAUAUUAUAAUCGUA